AUGAAUCAAGAGAACUCACCUUUGCUAACAGCUUCUCGCGCCCCUAAUGACUUUGAUGAAGAGAGCCUUCUUGGUAACGGAAGUAGAAGUAGUGUUCACGAUUCCGGCGUUCUGGAACGUACCCCUCGUACACGUGAAGCGCCCCGCGAUCAUGCCAAUUUCUUUCCUUUACGCCAUGGAAAAUUUUCAAAACUAGAGACCUUGCUGGCUUUUACGAGUAUCAUAUUAUUAAUACUUAUGAGCAUCUUUGCUGGCCUGUAUGCAAAGGGAAGGGCCAAUAAACAUCACGAAGUCAUAGUUCCGGUUCCUGAGCCACCAUCGAAUAAUGAUACCACGGAGGGACCUUGUUUAACGACCAAUUGUAUUUUAACAGCAGCUCAGAUAAUAUCUGAUAUAGAUUCAAGUGUCGAUCCUUGUGAUGACUUCUAUCAAUACAGUUGUGGUGGGUGGAUAAAGAGUCAUAUCAUUCCCGACGAAAAAGGACGGUAUGGUUAUUUUGACAGUCUGUAUGAAGACAAUCAGAAAUUACUAAAAAGAAUUUUAGAGAAUGAAUUCGGGUCUCCUAAUGAACCAGACCUACCACCACCAUCAGAGACCCAAGAUAAACUAAACCUUUACAAGCUUCAAGACUUUUAUCAAUCGUGCAUGAAUGAGACACAGAUCAACAUUCUCGGUAGUUCUCCCUUGCGCCCGAUAUUGGAUAAAAUUAAUGAGAAUUUUGAUGAAAGUUCGUUGAUUUACAAUAGUUCAGAGGCAUCGGAUAAAAGAAGGCAAACAUCUCUCCCACUUGAUACACAAAAUUUAACAAGCAUCUUGGCGUAUCUGUCAACUCUCGGUGUGAGGCCGCUGUUUGCGUUCUAUACUGAUGCCGACGCAAAAGAUCCCGAGAACAACGCCAUAUACUUGACGCAGUCUGGUCUUGGUCUACCUUCCAAGGAGUAUUAUGGUGAAGAGAAUAUUCUUGAAGUUUACAAGGAUGUUAUCGCUGAAUUAUUGGGAAGGGCACUGGUCGUUGACUUUUCGGAAAAUGGUACAAAGACUGACAUAAUUGGAGAAUUGAUUGAAUAUGAAGUGACCGACUUAUUUGAAUCGAUUGCACUUGAUGUCGUAAAUUUUGAGAGUUCCUUGGCUAAAAUUUCUCUAUCAGCCGAAGAAUUGUCCGAUCCCGAGUCGACAUACAACAACCACACCUUGUUAUCUCUCACUAGACUCAGUCCCAUCUUCAUGUGGUUAAACUAUUUAGAUAAGCUUUUGCCACCAUCACAUAACACAGAUCUUACAAAAGUUAUCUCCGGAUAUGCAGAUUUCCUGGAUGAAAAUUUCAGAGCUCCCAUUAGAAGACUGAUGGCUAAACUUAGUGGUAUAGAUGAAUCGGUGAAACCGAAAAGAUGGGAGGUUUGCCUUCGUGCUGUAGAUUCCACCAUGGGACUUAUGGCCGGUAGAUUCUUUGUUCUGAAAGCUUUCGGCGGUCAAAGUAAAGAAAUUGCCGACCAAAUGAUUGGUUCCAUAAAAGAUGAAUUCAUUAAUCGCAUGCCGCAGAUUGAAUGGCUCGAUGAUGUGACUCGUAAUAAGGCCAUCGACAAGGUUAAAAAAAUUAUUCAAAAAGUCGGAUAUCCCACCGAAUCUCCAGACACCAUGUCACCAGGUUCACUGGCCGAGUAUUACGAUAAGAUAAAAGUCAGGAAUGACACAUUUUUCGAAAAUGUGAUGAGCACUGAGAAGUGGUGGUCUGAAAAGACAUGGCAGAAGGUUGGGAAACCGGUGGAUCGUGGACACUGGUACAUGACGCCUCAAACAGUCAACGCCUAUUAUAAUCCCACAGCAAAUGAAAUCGUAUUCCCAGCUGGAAUUCUUCAGUCUCCAUUCUUCAAUGCAGAUGCGCCUGAAUAUGUAAACUUUGGUGGAAUUGGUAUGGUAAUUGGACACGAACUCACGCAUGCAUUCGAUAACAACGGGCGACAGUAUGAUGCCAGCGGACGUUUAACACAAUGGUGGUCCAACGAAACGAUCGAAGCAUUCAACAAUAAGUCGAAAUGUUUUAUUCAUCAAUACUCGAAUUACACUGUCAAUGAUCCAAAAGGUGUUCCCGUGAAUUUAAACGGUCGCUUGACUUUGGGUGAAAAUCUUGCAGAUAAUGGAGGUCUCGAUGAAGCAUAUAGUGCAUGGCAUACCAGGUUUGAAAGUGACCCAGAUGGAUUAGACCCGAAACUGCCGUGGAAAGGGUAA